CGCUCCGCGCGCCCGUGCCGCAAACGAGUCCCACCCGUGCCGCAAACGAGUAUAGCCGGGCUGCCCGAGCUUCGGAACCUCGCACCGCAAGCCACGAGUUCGACGCCACCGGCUGCCCGCGCCACGAACAGCAGCCCAACAUGCACAAGGCAUAAAGCGCCAGCCGCUGGCAGCAGCCAUAUGGCCACCUACGCCAAGCCCACGCCCGGCGAGGGCGCGUAUAAAUCCCCAUGGCUACAGGCCCAUUUUGAUAAAUUGGCCUCUUUAAAGACGGGCAACGAAGGCCUCUGCCUGGCCGACGUCGACGGCAAGGGCGAAGGGUCAUUGGUCGUCGCCGACGCCACGGGCAAAUUGAGGGUGUUUUCAGGUGUAAGACAGCGCAGCGAGCACCCGAUCGCGUCGCAGGGCGAGCCCUGCGCCGUGACGAGCUUCUACGCCGACGACCGCUUGCCACGCGUGCCGGCCGUCGCCGUGGCGGCGGGUCCGCACGUUUAUGUUUACAGAAGUUUGCGACCGUUCGUGCGCUUCACUACACCACAAAUAGACAUAGACAAGAAGGAAAUCGACGUCUGGCGCCAGGACAGCGACGCGGCGGCGACGCGUUCAUUGUUGAGAUCCUUGCACGACGGCGGCGCGCGCCUGUCUCCUCGAUCCUUGGCCUGCCUGCCCAUGGAGGGCGAGCAGCUCGAGGACCAUGUGGAAAGAUGUAGGUCCAUCCCCUUCUCGACGCAGGACGUCGUCACGUGCCUGUCGUCCGUAAAGAAGUCGCUGGACGAGCCCGACGCGCAAGGCCUGUUGGUGAUCGGCACGGAGGCGAAGCUGUGCUUGGUCUUGGACCCGACCUGCACUAAUAUAACAGCGAGGGUCCGCCUUCCGAGCGCUCCGGUGGCCAUCAAGACGGCCGGCGUCUUCGACGUGGACUGGCGGGCUUAUGUCGCCUGCCGCGACGACCGCGUCUACACGCUGACUUCCGGGGAGCACAAAGGUUCAGUUGUCAUAAGAAGGCCGCAUAUUGAAUUGGAGACGGCCGUCGUCGGCGUCGCGCCGGGCGACAAGUGCGUCUACGUGGCGACCGCCGAUUCGAGCAUACGGUGCUUCGCCGCGAAAGCUAGAAAGCAGUUCACGCUCCACACGCCCGCACUUUAUCAGUGUGGAAAUCAACCUCGCGUCGAUGGCACCUGAGAGUCG